GAGCUCUUCAGAGAAGUCCCAUGUUUCUGACAGCUAGUUUUGAAAAAAAGUGGUAGGACACGCUCCAGGACUACAUGUCCCAUUAGGAGACUUUAGAAAGAACAGAGGUCGAUGCUUCUAGUUUACCAGCAGUUCUGACUUCCUGCUGAGCUGAAACCUGCUUGUUUUGUGGAAAAGCAAAAACUCGGCAGCGAACAUCUAAAAUGAAGAGGCCCCGAACUUUUGAGGAGCAAACAGAAUGCAUCUUGAACACUUUACUCACAGACUUCUUAGGCACCCCGAUGCAGGUUGCUAACCGGGACCUAUGUUGUGGAGACGAACCAGAUUCAGGAGAGCCUUGCUCUUUUGACGUGGCCAUCAUUGCUGGUCGCCUUCGGAUGUUGGGUGACCAGUUCAAUGGAGAAUUGGAAGCUUCUGCCAAAAAUGUCAUUGAAGAAACCAGUCGUGGACGGGCAGGAGCUGCACUUCAGGACACAGUCAAAAGUCUUAGUCAGGCUUGGUGUGCUCAGGAUUCCAGCUUAGCUUAUGAGAGAGCCUUUCUGGCAGUGUCAGUGAAGCUUCUUGAAUACGUGGCCCACAUCGCUCCCGAAAUGGCAAGACAGGUCGUUGUCUCCAUGACAAGCAUGAUCAAUGGGAACAAUGCCAUCCAAGAGUUUGUCCAGGGCCAGGGAGGCUGGGAGAACCUGGAGAGCUGACUAUGAAGCGGUGGCGCUGUUUUCUAGCUUCAACAUCACUGCCCCUUGAUCCAGGGAUUGAUUGCUGGCCAUUAAAACAGACAACCAGGGGCACCUGGGUGACUCAGUUGUAAAACGUCUGCCUUCAGCUCAGGUCAUGAUCCCAGGACCCUGGGAUCAAGCCCUGCAUCGAGCUCCCUGCAACCCUAUUCCCACUCCCCUUGCUUGUGCUAUCUUGCUGUGUCUCUCUCUGUCAAAUAAAAAAACUUAAAAAAUCUUUAAAGAACAAAACAGACAACCAAAUCCAAAGCUGCUUUCCUUUGGACACAACUGGACUUAGCUGAAUAAUUUCUUUUCCACCAAUUGCUAAAAUUGGGAGCAGCCCUUGGAGGUCUACAGAGAUUUUGUACUUUGUCUUUACGUGAAUUUGGAGGAGGUUCCAUUUAAGCCAAGACCUCCAGAUACAAAGUAAUGGUUUGUUAGGAGGAAAUUUCAAGGCAACAGAGCAGGCCUCUGCUGGGCAUAUUUUGGGAAAGGGAACACACGGUAAACUAUUAGUUCAGAUUGAGCCCUGUCCUUUGGUAAGGAUCUUGUCUAUUUAUUUUGCAGUCUAAAUGACUACAAGGGAGAUUUUUGUUGAAAUCUUGUUAUAAGUUGAGGAUUUUCUUUUAAAUUCCUAUCCUUAGUUUUGUGUUAAUUUCACCAAAGCAGAAUCAUUUUAUGCAUUUUUAGGUUGAAAGCAAAAAAAAAAAAGCAGUUUCUUCAUCUGCCCUUCUAAGAGAAAGGCCAA